GGCGCGCCGCCGGGCGCUCAGCAAGCUGACUAUGGCGGAGGUGGGCCGGGCUGCCGUGAGCGAUCCGGGUUCGCUGCUCCCGGAGGGCUUCUGGGCGGCGGUGGCUGUGUGGGUGGAGAGGCCGCAGGUGGCCAACAAGCGGCUGUGUGGCGCCCGCCUGGAGGCCCGGCGCAGCGCCUCCCUGCCCCGGGCUGAGGCCCGCGGCCCUCGGCCCAGCUCGGGCCCCGAGCCGGAGGAGAGGGCCGCGGCGGGAUGCGCGCCCGAGGGGGGCCUGGGACCCAGCCGGCGUUUCCCCCAGGAGGGCUCGGAACCCCGGCCCAGCGCAGCCCCGGAGCAGGACCCCCACCAGCCCCAGGUCGGGCGCCGGCGUGGGGACGACCCGAGGGAAGCAGCCGCUGCGCCUCUGCUCGCAGGGGCCCCCGGCCAGCGCGGCCAGGCUGAAGCCGAGGAGGGUCACUUCCCCGCCCCAGAUCUGGAUUCUAUCUGGAACGAUUUCUCACAAAGCCUCGCCGGCGACGAUCGAGAGAUGCUAAACUUCCUCACCGGCUCGGAGGCGGCCUCGCAGCAAGAGGCUCAGCGUGAGCUGGUCCUGAUUCUCAGAACCAUCAUCCCGAAGGCGAGCCCGCGUUGCCCGCUCGGUGCUGCGAGGAGAGAAAUGGUCGUGCAAGAUGUCUGCGGUGGAAUGGUAACUUUUUUACCCCUGGAAGAAGAUGUCGACGGGAACUUAAGGGUUAAGAGGAGCAGCGUGUAUCAGGUUCAGCUCAGUCGCACCGAAGGAGAAUGGUUCAUAUCUGUUUUAAUUUUCUGUCCAGAAAGAUGGCAUUCGGAUGGCAUUGUCUGUCCCAGACCCACCUGGCUUGGGGGAGAAUUGCUGGCCAGGCUGGCCAGGUGGUGUGUGGGGAGCAGGCAGCGUGGAUUCAAAAGCACCCUGUCCCUCAUCCCCAUCGGGAAGUACAGCCAGGUCUACCAGGAGCUCAAAGCCAAGUAUAAGGACAUGGUCAAGGUGUGGCCUGAAGUCACGGACCCGGAGAAGUUUGUGUAUGAAGACGUGGCAAUUGCUGCCUACCUGCUGAUUCUCUGGGAAGAAGAGAGAGCCGUGCGGGGAGAGACGGCUCGGCAGUCCUUUGUCGACCUCGGCUGCGGGAACGGCCUCCUAGUCCACAUCCUGAGCAGCGAGGGGCAUCCAGGCAGAGGGAUUGACGUCCGGAGAAGAAACAUCUGGGACAUGUAUGGACCCGAGACGCACCUGGAGGAAUGGGCAGUCACACCAAAUGAUCAGACUUUCCCCGACGUCGACUGGCUAAUCGGAAACCAUUCCGACGAGCUGACCCCGUGGAUUCCUGUCAUUGCAGCCCGGUCUUCCUACAGCUGCCGCUUCUUCGUCCUGCCCUGCUGCUUCUUCGACUUCGUCGGGAAGUUCCAGCGGAGCCAGAGUGGGAAGACGCAGUACCGAGGGUACCUGGACUUCAUCACAGAGGUGGGCUCCACCUGCGGUUUCCACGUGGAGGAGGACUGCCUCCGGAUUCCGUCCACCAAGAGGGUUUGUCUCAUCGGGAGAUCCAGAACCUACCCACCUGCCGGAGAAGCUUCCGUGGACGAGCGGAGAAGGCGCUACAUCCACAGCCGCCGGGGCCGGGGGCCUGCCCCUCCCCCGCCUGGGGCCACCGGAGCCCCCUGCCCCGAGGGUGGCCAAGGCCUGGACCCGGGCCUGGGGCCAGGGCCAGGGGUCCGGGCGGAAGGCCUCUGGCUGCGUGGAUUUCAGCCCCGAGCAAGUGAGCGCGUGAGGAACUGCGCCCGCCUCCCUCGUGCGUUUAUUGAUCAAGUGGUUCUGCGAGUGGCAGGUGUGCUGUUGGGCAGAAAACAGUCGGAGCCCAGCAGUUCCCAGAGCCGGGAUGCAGAGGCCUGGAAUGGAGGAGUGAGCCUGUCCUUGGCGGAAGUGGCCGGUGAGCUGGACGGCGAGACGCUGCGGAGGCUGAAGCGGGAGUGCGGGGGCCUGCAGACGCUUCUGAGGAACAGCCCGCAGGUGUUCCGAGUUGUGGACGGGCGGGUUUGCAUCCGCGACUGGAGGGAAGAGCGGCCGCGGAAGGAAAAGGAACCCGAAGCAGAGCAGCGGCUGUUCUCGGGGGCCUUCAAGACCCGGAUCUGCUGGUUUUUCGCCCAUCACCCCGACGGUUGUGUUCUGCCUCCAGACCGCUGCCCGUUUGCCCACGGGCCUGGGGAGCUGCGGCCGGCGCCCGCCAGGAAGAAGAGGCCGGCUCUGUCCGCUGCGGCCGCCCGGCCCGUGGGGCCCGGCGUGGGGGGCCUCGCCCGGAGGGGACGGUGCCCGCUCCCUGAGCGCGGCGGGCAGGCCCGUGUCCUGGUGGUGGUCCGCGUCGUUUCCUGCGCCCAAGGUCUCACGAGGCCCUGACCGUGCCCGCCAGGCCCCUGCCGAAGCUGAACCACCUGACCGCCCCCGCCCGAGCGCCGGGCUCGUUUUAAACGUGGUCGCUCUCCGGUGUGCUCCGCGUCCGCACAUCAGGGGACAGGACGGCCUCGCGGCGGCUUGUGUCUCAGGGGACGCAGGAAGCGCUCAAGCUGGCCUCCGGGGCUCCGGUCGGCCUCCCCGCCCUUCCCCGAGCUCCUCUCCCUGCCGCUACUCCUGUCUCUUGAUUCUGGAAAAACCGACGUGGUGUGCUUCUGCUGAAAAGUCUGUUUGCGGUUUUACACAGAAGGUCACGUCAGGGACGCUGUUCUGCCUCUUGGUUUUCCCAGGAACGGGUCUCGUGGGCCUUUGCCUUGAGGCGUUGUCCUCCUGCGGGGUCCUCGGUCCAUUCGUGAGCAGGGAGAGGAGUCUGCUCCUUUCUGCCGGUGCAGCCUGGCUGGGGCUGGGGCUGCCGUGGGGCCCGGGGCCCAGCCCGGGCACACCCCUGUCAGCUGGGAGGCCCCAUCCCAGGUCAAGGAUGCGGGCUGGCCAGCCUCCAGGGAUGGGUGGGGGGCAGACUCUGCCUUGUGUGAGGCCCUGAGGAGGGCGUCCCAGUGGCCUGAGUGGCCACAGAGGCCACUCUGGCUGUGGUUGGCUCAGCUGUGCAGUGGGAGCUGUUCUGACCAGUGAGGCAUGAGGGGACCGCCGGGGCUCCUGGGGGCCGUUUCCUGGCUGCAGAGCCCCGUUUCUGCAUGGCUGCUGGCCUUGCAGGGUGCCUGGUGGAGGAAGUCACAGAGGCAGCAGAGCUGGGAGGAGCCCUAGUUGCCAUGGCGUUGCAGCCCCGCUGCCGCCGCACCUGUUGUUCCCAGACCUAAGGUGUCUCCAUCCCCGGAGCAGGGCUGAGGCUGCUGUUGCUGCCUGCACAUCGGCACAUGCGGGCACUGCCCUUUUGGGAUGGCCCCGCCUCCCCACCUUGGGAUCAGGCCAGGGCAGUCUCACUUCCUCCCCUUGGAAGGGGAGCGUCUCUAAGGGUGAAGGGUGAGCCCAGGCUCACCCCGUGUGCAGGGCAUGUGGCCCCAGCCAGCACAGGGUCACCGCAGGUGGCCUGUCUGUCAGAGCUGCCUGCCUGCUCUCAUUUCCCGGUGUGAGGGCCUCGCCGCUGUAGCCAUGAAGCCCUGGAUGCAAAACCUGUCUGGAGCUGCCGCUCCUGGGGUGGGUGGGGUGCCUCGAGGAAAAUGAGCUGCCGGACAGCUUGCCCUGAAAAGCCCUAACGGCACUUUCUUGGCUGAGCAGCAGGUCGGGGUCAGGAGGGAGGGUGUCAGGUGACCUCCGCUCUCCCGGCCCCAGCCGGUGGCCGUGGUCUCUGCCUGUCCCAGUGGUGUUGCCAGGCUGAGAGCUGCACCAGUGGGGACUUGCCAGCCUUGUGGGUCCCCUGUGUGCCACCCAGCACUGCAGAAAUGGCCGUGGUCUACCUCUUGUGAGCGCAGCACAGGUGCUUGUGAGGUGGACUGAGCCAGGCCCACACAGUCCAGACCCCUGCCUGGUGGCAGCAGGACCCACAGCCUCUGUGUCCAGGUGGGCCCAGCCUGGAGUCACAUUUCCUGCAAAGACCCAGGGAGCCCUGUGGGCUCAGCUGCACGGCCCCUGCAGCCCUCGCCUGGCCCCAGAGCAGGGCUCACGCUCUGCCGCAGAUGAGGUGCACAGAGGGAGCCUGUGGUUACCACAGCGACCGGCCUGACCCCAGCCCAGGUUGGGUGGGAUUGGCAGGGCAGGAGGUGACCUCUGAGUGUCCCAGGCUGGUUAGGUGUUGGCCAAGACCGUAGGCUGAGUCGGUGUGGGAGCAUGAGCAAGACCCAGAGGGUCCUGGGGGGUGGUCGUAGGGGGUGGGCAGGAGUGUGACCUCAGGCCAUGUGGCACAUCUUCUGGGUACCCUGAAGCCCCUCUCCGUCCUCCACCUGUCCCUGGCCAGUGGGGUCAGCUCCCCUGGGCAGCCACCUGCCUCUCCCACUCAGAGGUGACCUCCAGCCGCCUCUCCCCAUUGAAGACCCCUGUCCCCUGAGGGGGUUGGGGAGCUGAGGCUGUGCUUGUCUCAGUCCUGCUUCUGGGUGACCGCCCACCGAGAGUCGCCAUGCAGGGCCCCAACUGCCACAGAACAAUCCCGCCCAGGGCCCCUGCAGGAGCACCCCCGUCACCAGAGGCCAGGGCCUUACCUAACCUCCUUCCAGCCCACUUCCAGCUGGCACCCCCAGGGGCAGUUUUUCUUGGGGCCUCUGUCGUCAGGGGAAGAAACAACCCACAAGAAAGCGCAUUGAAAACGGGGCCGGGGGGAGUCUGGGCUUUCACCCAGGAACCGCGGCCAGUUAUGGGAGCCUUAGGAACAGCCUGACGCCCCCAGACGGAGCCCUCCACUCAGUGGGGGAGACGGGGCUUUCCCAGCUCGGAAAUCACUGCCCUGUAGCUUCAUCCAGGGUGGACAUCAGGCAGCAUCUCCUCUCCUCCUUUUGCACCAGGAACCAUGGCCCUCCCGUCCCCAUCCUGCCGUGAGUCACACUGGCAGCGCCUGUUUUCUUCACUUUUUUUAGCUCUUUGAAGAUGUCAUUCUUGGGGCCCCUGUUGUUCCCCAUCAGAAGUUAACCAUGAUGGUUGUUGUUCUGCCUCUGUAUGCAAUGUGCCUUUUUCUCUAAUUUAAAGACUUUUCAUUUUUAGUUUUGAUCAGUUUUUUAUAAAGUGCCUAAGGUAC